AAGAAGAGCUAUGUCAGCAGGUUUUGAUUGGCUCAAUGGUGUAGCUGCUGAGAGCUCGUCGUCGGCAAGGGCCUCGGGGCUGACCCCCUCCCCGGCCCCUCCUCCGGUGUCCUUUGGCCUUACGCCAAAUAGCAGUUCGGCCUCACUACCCCUACCAACGGUAUCGCACUUGGGCUCCAUAAACAACUCCACGGCCAACAGCACCGUGGAUCUGAGCAGAACUGUGAACAAUGGGUCAUCCACUGCGCUGGCUGGGGGCUCGGACACGCCAGAGGACCUCAGUGUGCCGUUGACGCUGAGAGCAGACGAACUAUCAGCAGAAGAGGCAAAGACAUAUCUCAGAUGGUAUAACGACAUCGUUGUGAGACGUGGCACCAACCUGAUACGACUGGAGGAUGUGUUUGCGUUCAUGCGUAACUUCUCGAUCCCAGAACCGGUGAGAGCUGCUCUGAGUCGCAUAUUCACCAGCGUGACGUCUCUGAACGUUGGUGAGUUCUUUGCGCUGCUACGGUUGAUAUCGCACUCCAUCCUCGGACAGAAGCCGAAAAGAGCGCUUAUAAAGGAUCCAGCUCCAAUCCCUAAACCACGGUCCAUUCUGAGUGCUAAGCGAGUGCAAGAUGCCGAUGACCAAGAGGAGGAUGUGCCGGCGAAUGGCAAACCAAAGGACAAAUUCGACUUGGACUCCUUUACGGAGAUGUUGAUGACUGGAGAGACCCCUAGGAAGAAGAAGAAGAAUAGAAAGGGCCAUAGAAGAAUCCAGUUUUCGGACCAGGUAUCUGUAGAGCCGACCAGAACUUCCCAGGUUGAGCCUGUGAAGAUUGAUCUGUCAUUGCCAAUGGACCAGCUGAUGAAAUCGAUGCCCAAGAAGGAGGCUCCCACUGUCGUUGUCAGCGAAGAUGAUGAUCUGCCAGAUGUCCCUGUUGAUACCUUCCAGCACAUCAAGAAUGUGGACAGCGCACUGAUACAUGGAACUCCAUCAAAUAUCCCCUCUGUGUUCUUUGACGAGGUUUAUCGCUCACCAUCUCCAAAUGUCGAACAACCAGACCCUAUGAUUCCAAAUAUCACGGGACCUGUUCGUUUACUAUCACCAUCACAUACUGGACCGGGAAUCCCUCUACAUGCAAGCAGCACUGGUCCAAACAUGAACUCGCACUCCAUGAUAGAUGGUUUACUAUCACCAAACUACGAGGCAUUGCGCAGCCAAGCUGCGUUGUCACCUUCAAUGACAGGUUCAUUAACGUCUUCGAUGAGAAGCCAUCAACAACAAGUACAGCAACAGCAGCAGACACAUGUCCCACAAAGACUCUUAUCGCCACCUGUACCACCGGCAAGAAGAGCCAGAUCGCUUUCACAACCAGAGGCUGUCGGCCACGUCACUUUGGAACAGUUAGCACAGGCAACGUUGCCACAUGAAACGAGCCAGCACUCGUUAAAACCUCCUAUGCCUCCUCCAGAGAGAAUGACGUCUCCAAACAGGGUGAGCUCGCCACUGGCGCCUGCUCCACCCCCUCCAAGACGUCGUGGAAUGUCAUUAACCCAGCAACAGCAACAACCGGCACCACCUUCAAGAUCAACUCCAUCACCAAGUUUACAACAACAGCAAGAGCAACAACAGCUUAAUGGGUUUGCUCAGCACUUCUUACCAGAUCCACCGCAACAAUAUUCAAAUGGAGUGCAACAAGCACCGGCAUUGCCUCCAAAGAUCCCAAUAGCUCAGAACACAAGUAAUAAUCCUUAUGGAGGACAUCUGACAGCAAACUCGGGGUCUGCUGUAAAUAUCCUGGACGAUUUGAAAGCGUUACAAAAUGAAGUUGAUAGAUUGCACUUAUAUCAGUCUUGAAUCGAAAUAACAAAGACAUACAGAAGAAAGGGAAAACUUCAUUAGUACAAAUGAACAAAUGAAAUACCGAUGAGGUACGUAAGGUAAUUGAUUGGUAUCGCCAAAUGGAUGGUUUUAACACAGGUU